ACUGGUGGCCAGUGCCUCUGCUGCGCCUCCCCACUCUUUUUUUUCUGGCAGUGGGGACAGAAAGGGGGGCUCCUGGUGAAAAGCAGAGCCAGGCGGGCAGUCACCAUCCAUCACAAGGUGGCGAUGUCAGUCUCCACAGGCAGGCACCAAGCUAUCCAUCCAGGCUUGCAGAAGGGCGGGCUGUCCACUGGGGCCUGCAAAAAACACCUUCGCUGCUUGCAGAGGGGAUGGGUGAGCCGAACCCCAGGAGGGUGGCCAGGGCCAGGAGCGAGCGUCGCGGUGGCACUGGCCACAUGAGUGCUGGGUGGCCCCACGGGUGCUGGGCUGCCCCUGCACACUGCCAGCACUCAUUGUGCACCCGCUCUUAUUAUAGCCCCAUUCUUCCUCUGCUUCCUGAGGGCGCAUGAAGCACUGCUCAGCUGCCGGCUAUAUGUUGUGCUGAGAUCACAUAAACAUGUAGUGAGAGGAGCCCAAAGGUGUGCCGCUGGGCUUGGGGCGCGCUGAGGCCCGAGCUGUAGCCCCCCACCUCUGCUAUCCGGUGGCCCCAAACAGCCCUGCCCCAGGGAACGCCUGCCUUUAGCUCGGGUGCAAUAGGGAGAGCAAAUUUUAGUUUGCAGCAGCUGUGGUGUCCUCUCUGUGUGUUGCCCAGCUUCUGGGCUCGGGGGCUCUGCUCUCACAGGCCCCUGAAAUGCCCUGGGGUGCUCAGGGCAUGGCACCAUCCCAGAAAGAUGCUGGCAGAGAGAACAGCCCAACUGCUGGCAGCAGGUCCAAGGUUACCCCGAGCAAGGGCUGCAGACACCGAGGCAAGGAGGAACUGCCAUUGGGCAACACACAGGGGCUGGUCACGCUCUGUGGCGGCACUGGGUGCUGCUGGGACCGUUGGACAUGCCAGAAGCUUCGGCGGGGGGGAUUGCAGCUUGGCAAGGUCCUGGGGGGGCUGUAAAAUGCCUCCUGUCUGAUUUUGCAAUUCUGCUUUGUGCUCCUUGCUGCUGUGAAGCUCCCUUUGUGCAGCCUGCUGCUGAUCAGCCCCCGAAUGCUGAGCGUGGCGGCUGUUUGACAAAGCUGGGAUCAGGGAGGCUCUGAGCAUGAGGGGAGAUUGUGUUUGGAGGAUCAGCAAACUAAUCCAGGGAACGAAAUCACUGACAGAGCCUGUGGUGCGCUGUACCUUACUGUGUGCUUGCAGUGGCCAGGCACCUGCGUUGGGAGAUCGAAGUGUAGCAUGGGAAAGUACCCCAAUUCUGGGAGGGCUGUCUGCACAGCCCCAGCCGCUGGCCGCAGAAACCUGCCUGGUCCCUGGGGCGCUUGGUGGAGGAGGGUACACAGAGCCCACGGUGCUGCCAUCCCUGGCACGUGGCACGUGGGGGGCACACGGAGCCGUUUCACAGCCCCGCGCUGCCAGUCCUGCUGCCCUCAUGGUCACCAGUCACCUGCAGGAUCCACGGUUUGGAUGGAGGCGCUGAUCAUGUCCAAAACCAUCCCCUGCACAAGACCGAGAGCCGCCAGGAGCUCAGCGUGUUCCGGGCAGUUCCCGCAAAGGGCUGGUGCGUGCACAAGGACGGGCCGGGCUCCAGCCAGGAGGCACAUGCGGCAGGUAAUCCAAACUUGCGUCACGGUAGUGCAUUUUUGCGGGGCGACGGGGCCGUAUUUGAGCAGAGCCCCUCGCCCGUGCGCGUUUUGCGGGAACCCACGUGGCAAAAAAGGCACGUCGUGGGCACAUGGACCACGGGGAUGCGCGUGGCGGGAACGAGGAUUGCUGAAACGUGCGUGGUGGGAACCGUGCACGGCGGGAGCAGCCUGGGCGCGGGCUUCUCAUCGCCCACGGCCCGGGGAAACCGUGCCUGCAGCUCCCCACGCCUCGCUUUGCUCCAGCUCCGGCGGGGAGCCGGGGCUGCCGGGGCGGGGUUUGCGGGCAGGGCUGCUCCCGGCCGCUCAGCCCAGCCUAGCCCAGCCCAGCCCAGCCUAGCCCAGCCCAUCCCCGCUCCCGGCCAUGGCCCGGCGGAGCCUUCCCGGCCCCGCGGAGCGGCUGCCGGAUGCCCCCCUUCCAGUGGUGCAACGGGUGCUCCUGCAGUCUGGGGCUGAUUUAUACCAGUAGACGCUGCACGAUGCCUCCCAUCACAUUCCAGGACCUGCCACUGAACAUCUACAUGGUCAUUUUUGGCACCGGUAUCUUUGUCUUCGUGCUCAGCCUCAUCUUCUGCUGCUACUUCAUCAGCAAACUGCGGCACCAGGCUCAGAGCGAGAGGUUCGGGUACAAGGAGGUGGUUUUGAAGGGCGAUGCCCGGAGGCUGAACGUGCAUGGGCAGACCUGUGCCGUCUGCCUGGAAGAUUUUAAGGUGAAGGAGGAGCUGGGGGUGCUGCCGUGCCAGCACGCCUUCCACAGAAAGUGCCUGGUGAAGUGGCUGGAGGUGCGCUGCGUUUGCCCCAUGUGCAACAAGCCCAUGGCGGGUCCGGCGCAACCCCGCGCCGGCAUCGGCACCCUCCUGGAUGAGCUGGUGUGAGCAGCCCCGCUCCUCGUCGGCCAGAUCCCGCCGGGGCCGCGGCGGCUCCGCAGCGUCCCCCGCACGCGGCAUCGCCCAUCCCCGCGUGUCCCAGGGGGAUCCAGCGGUUCGUCUCGAAGGAUUCGGCAUUUCCAAGCUGGGAUUUUUAUCUUGCAGGUCGCGGCUUCGGUUUUGGGGUGGGGGCGGGUUUGUUCGGUUGGGUUUUUUUACGUCGACCCAGUUGCGCCCCACGGGGUCGGUGUGGGGCCGGCGCCGCCCGGGGUUGCCCGUGAGAAGCGGAACCCCAUGGCGCAGGCGGGGGCCGCGGCCUCCACUUUUCCUGCACAGAGUAUUUUUGUACCUGACCCCCUCCGGGCCCCGCGGCCCCGCGCAGGGGAGGGGGAAUGUACAGUUUUGUGUAAAACAACCAUUAAAUGGACAAUUUCUCAGCC